AUGGCCUUCUCAGCGAUUUGGUCCAAGUCAACGACCUCGGCGAUCUGGCUUGAAGAUAAGGAACGAGUCGCUCAUUUAUCUCUCGGUCUGCCUUUUAUGGACAGGUAGUUAUUUUGGGACCUCUGAUUAAUUGGCGAGUUUAAAGUGGGCGAUUCUUAAGAUUUCUAUAUAAUCCGUCAUCAUGACUUGGUUUUAAGUCUUACGUGGCGUCAUACCGACUUGAAUUUUUUUCGUUUACUCUGACGGCGGGAAUCGUAGUUUAGAAUCCGGUUUCAUUUCGUUUUUAGUUGACGUAUAAGAUGACGUAAUGAUGACCGAUUUUCUGGAAAUUAAUAUUUUUAAUUUUAUCUGGCCAAACUUUUUGGAACUUUUUGUCAAGGAUUGCUGGAAAUAUCAUGGAGAAUGAUGUGCUCUUCCGGUUCGCAUCAAAGGAACGCCCUGGCCCCUCAAAAGGUCCCUUUUCUUUUAUUUGGCCGCACCAGAAAUUAUGCGAUUGCUCAUCGCUUUUGUUACUUUUUAGUUAAUUUGUAUUGUAAUUCCCCGCUCUCCUCAAUGCUUGGCCUGAGGUUGGACCCCCAAAUUUCAGCGAUUUGGUUUUGAUUUUCGAUGUUAUACUUGAUAUUUUUUAUUCCACUAGAGGUUUGGAUGUUUUACCGCGAAAUUUCGGGCCCGUUUUGGUAAGUCGAAUCCUUGAGAGCGAUGGAGGAAUGUUUUUUGGGCCUUGAAUUUUAAUUUAUUUUGCAUUAAUAAUCGGCGCGGGCCAGCCGCACGAUUUUUUCUGGCCAAAAGAUCCGGAACUCGGCUGAAAAGAGGUCCUUUGAGGCGAGUUGGCCUUGCUUUUGAUGAGUUUUGGCGGAAAUACCGUAUAAUCUUUCUUUUGGGAUCUAUUUUGCUUGGUGAAAAUGUCUUUUUCUUCGAGAUUUUACAUAACUUAUAUUGAUUUAGGUAACAAUUUGAUAAUUUUUAAAAAUUUUCGCGAAUUUUCGGGAUUUUGGAUAUUGUAAAUUACAUAUAGUGCUUUUGACUAAUUCUUGGUUAAUUUCAGAUUGUAAAAAUCUCAAAAAUAAUGGACGAAACAGCCACAGAAGAUGCCCGAGGCGGGUUCGAUCUCAGCUCUCUGUUCCCGUCCACAGCGCCGAUGGCGAGCAUCACCAGCAUGCUGAAUCCAGCUCCUCCGGCCGCAAAUUUCCCUCCUUUUGUCCCGAUCCGCCCAGUGUAUGCUCCGUCCGGAUAUGGCCGCCAAAUUCUGAUCUACGAUUCCCGUGCCUUCCCCGGUUGUCGUCGCGAGUUCGCUUAUAAAACCCGGUUCACCAACCAGUCCGGUCUCACGACCGUCUACUAUCGCUGUAUGGCGUGUCGUGCUCUGCGGCAUCGACUUCAGCGGCUGAUGCCUCGCGAAAAAUUGCCAGCAGUUCCCUGCAUUGCGGUCAAAAAUGACCUGCUGAUCAAUGAUCCGGAUUGGCCCGAGGCCUCGGACCAUUUCUGCAAUCCGCUGACGAUCGAGGAGUCCAACAACCGACUGAAGGUGACCUUUGAGAGAGGCUACAAGAGGGCCCGAAUGAAGAUGGCCGCCGAGGAAUCGAUGAAAAAACCAGCGAAUAAUGGACAGAAGACCCCGCCGAGAGCCGGCAUCAAGUGCGAAAUUAACGAAUCCUCUCCGCUCAACCUGGAUCAAUGGGCAAGUUGGGCCAAGGGCUUGCAAAACGCGAUCAAGCCGGAGGAAGAUGACGGAACAGCCCAGUCGACGAGCAGUAAUCACUCAAAUGUCUCGGAAAGUGGCAAUGCUUUGAGCAAUACCAACACUUCCGCUUCAGCAGCCUCUCCCACGACCUCUCCGCUCAGAUUGUUGGAGGACAUCGAGAUGGACACCAGUUCCAGUCAGCCCAAAAAAGGUCUCGAUGCCUUGCUUCAACUCCAAGACCAACGCGAAAAGUCGCACUCACCCGACGAGAAUUUGAACAGCUUGACCUUUGACAGCUUCAAGAUCUUCGACAGCAAUAACCAGCCCGAUUUCAAUGCCUUGUUCAGCUUAGCGGGACUUUCGGCACCUUCCACAAGGACACCGCCAACCCAGUCAACUCCCACAAAAUCGAGGCCGGGCUCGGAGCUCAUGAAGGCGUUGAAUCGAGUUCAGAGCAGGAAGAAGGAGAAGGAAGCCCAAGCGGCGGCCGCGGCGGCAGCAGCCUUCCAGAAUCAAUUUGGAGCCCUUCAGCAGGCCUCGGAAUAUGUCGAGAAGUAUAUUAAGAACAACUGGUCAACCCCAGAAGACUGUAAGUUUAUUUUCUUUGAAUUAAAGGCCUUAUUCAGUCUGUUAAGUUCAGAUUUGAGGUGGAUAUUUAGGUACCUAAAAUGAAUUUGUCAUCUAAAUUAAUAUUUUUAGUGUCGCAAGCCCGAACCACCGCUGAAUUGACCUGCUCAUUGAUCCUGGCCCUUGCCAAGAACUUGCCACAGGCAUCAGCUGCGAUGAGACAAGGCCAAUGUUCGAGGAAGGACUUUGCCGGAGAAGAUUUGUUCGGCAAGACCUUGGCCAUCAUUGGACUCGGCAAAGUAGGAAUUGAAGUAUCCCAGAGAAUGCAAGCGUUUGGCAUGAAAGUUACCGGAUAUGACCCUUUGGUCACGAAGAAUGUAAGCGAUUUUUGAAACGAUUUUUUGGCAGAAAUUUUGAUUUUUUGAUGGGAUUUGAACUAAUCUUUGUCAUUUUAGGAAGCCGAACGCCGAGGAAUCAAAUUCCGUCACCUUGACGACAUCUGGACUGAUGCUGACUACAUCUCCCUUCACUGUCCAGUCCUCCCUCAAACUACUAACCUUGUAAACGCCUCAACUUUGGCUCGAUGCAAGUCUAACGUGAAAUUUGUCAACGUUUCCAAGUCCGAACUAAUCAACGAAUCCGAUCUGAUUGAUGCCCUGAAUAGCGGUCGAUGCGCAGGCGCUGCACUCGACACGUUCAAUGAGGAUGGAAACAGGAGCCUGAUGGAAAAUCCGAAGGUGAUUUGCACCCCAAUGCUCAGCGUUCCCAUCGAGAAAGAGGCCUUUAGCAACCCAGCCUCCAGCUUCUUCAACUCACUGAAUGCCUCAACUUUGGCUGCGGUUUUGGACGAAAGCAAGGUCCAAAGCGUCAAGGCUGCCACGAAUUUGGGACUGGUCUUGGCUUCUCUUCAAGCCAAUCCAGCUGAGGUCACCUUGAAACAUCCGGCUUCGGCUCAGGGAUUCAAAAAAGCUCUUAUUGCCGGAGCAAUUUCCGGAGUGAUGCAAGCGGCCACAGAGGAAUCGAGUGUGAACGGAGAGGGAAUCAAGGUGCACACAGAGAUUUGCAACAACAAUGAGCUCACUCUGGUCGCCGGAGCAACUUCCGUGACUGGAUUCACAUCCCCAGCUGGGACCUUGAUCUCCGCCAUUGAUGGGAAAAAAUUGCCGUCGCCGGUGAUCGCCGAACGAAUUAUGGCCAUCGCGCAAGGCGAAGAGACCCUCAGCGACGAACUUAAGGUAAGGAGAGAUCAUUUUAUUUAUAUUUUUGGGACAUUAGAGCAGAAAUUAUAUUAUUCAUGAUAAGCAUUGAUGAAACUUAGGAGGUUUUUUAGGGAAUCUUAUGUUUUUAUGGCUUUAAAAAAGUUGUUUUUAUGAAAGAUGGUUUAAUUUCCUUCAUUUUCAGAUCAAAUCCACCGUGGAGUAUAACCUAAAUGGAGGUGGCCGCAUCAGUUUCUUCCAAGAACUCUCAGACGACGAAAUCGCCGACCUCAAAUCCGCCAACUUUGUGGUAGUCAAGUUCAGCUAA